GCCUCUCUGGAGAAGGGCAAGGUAACCAAACUUUAAGAUAGAUUUUCUAAAUUGACCCGUGGGUAAGGAACCUUGCUCUUCCACGCAACUUACCGUGCAAAGAGAACUUGGAUAGUUUUUCCCCCGGUGAGAAUCAUUUCCAUUUCCGUGAAGGCCGUGACGCUAGCUCGGGGGUGGGACGAAGCGGGGUCACGCCGUGACGUAAAGGUCGGACACGUCGGCGGCGGCGGCGGCGGCGGCCGAGGCAACCGGAGCCGGAUGUGCCAAGAUGGCUGCAGCGGCUGUGGGGUCUGUGCUGGGGGGAGCUGGAGCCGCUGUCGCCAAUACUGCCGCUGCCUUCCCCCGUGGCUGCUGAGAGGAGCAGGCGGACCGACUCUCGGGGAUCUGCGGUGUGGCCGCAGCGGCCUCCCCGCGGCGGGCUUGUGGGACUUGGGAGUCCGGCCUGACCGGGGCUGUGUCAGCUUAAGGAAAACCUGUCUUCAGCUUCUUUGGGCCAAAAGCAUCUGACUUGGCAAGACUGACUUGGCAAGAAGUGAAUGAUGCAGCCACCACCUCAGACUGUUCCUUCUGGGACAGGUGGACCACCUCCUGUAGGAGGUCCUCGAAAUAUGUAUUGGUCUAACAGUCCAUAUAGCAGGCGGGCUAAUGCACCAAUGACUGCUGUAGGUGGCCCAGUGCAACCUGUAACAGAUCCUUUCGCAUUUGGCCGACAGACUCCACAAGGAACGGCAUUAGGCAAUCCGUCCAAAGGCAACUCACUUGUUAUGCAAGGUCCUUCCCAACCAAUGUUUUCUCAGCCACCUGGUAUGCAUGUACCUCAUAACCAUGCAGGGGAUAAUUCACAAGGACUUUAUACAUCUUUGUCUGGGCCUGUAUCACAACCUGAAGUAAAUACUGAUUCGUUUACAAAUGUAUUGGCUCCUGUUGCAAUGCCUGGACAUGUUAUGAAUAGUAGUGCUGAAAUUCAUCCAACUGUAGAACCUGGAAUUCAGACUUCAUCUGUUCCUUCACAUUAUAAUCCUGGAGCAGGUGAAAAUUCUUUUGGGGGACAUCUUCAGUGUGGUGUGCCUCUGCCUGGUAGGCCACUAAGCAGGCAAGAUCCAAAUGGUGGCACUCCGGCACCAACUACAUCAUUCUUUCCUCAACCUCAUCAGCAAACCCCAGUUCAAUGGAGACCAGUUCAAGGAAGUCCACAGUCUUCAAUUCAGAAUUAUUCACCAUAUACCGAACCACCUUCUCAGAAUGCAGUUCCUCUUGCUUCUGGUAGUUCUCAUUUUUUUCCUCAAGCAAAUAUGCAUCAAGUUCCUGGACAUCAGCAACAUGUCCCAUUUGUGUCUACAUCAGGACCUUUGGUUAGUGAAAAGAGUGAGACAGUCCCUUCUCAGAGUGGCAACUACACAGCAAAUAACUUUCAGCCUGAAAAUAUGUUUAGGCAAAAUCUAGGAGUGAAUAGUAGUUGGCUUAGUCAGGAGUUUAGACAGAAUCUAGUAGGAAGUAAACAGCAUUUACCAGACCCUACUCUAGUUAAUCCCAUUGCUCAGGGAAAUAGCUUAGAAAACCAACCACAGCAUAGAACUGAGGCUGUAACCAGUCAUGUACCCCCAGAAUUAAAUUCAGGAACUAUCACAAUGUUUUUCAAGGGAGAAGAGGCAGAAAAUGAGGAAAAUCUUUCAUCAGAAAAAGCAGACACUGCUGUUAAGUCUGACUUUGAUGGCUUUCCAUCGAAUUCUGGACAUGGAGGCCAUCACCUUCCUCAUCCUAUGCAGAUUGGAGCAAGUGCCCCUUUUCAGGCAUCAGUUCCUAAAGGUUCAGCUAAUGAAUCUUCUCAGCAGGGACUAGAGGCCCAGCAAUACUUUUCACAGUCUACAAGUAACCAACAUGAUAAACAAACCACUAAAAACUGUGAUAUUUAUGUUAAUGAUGACAAAGCAUGUACUGUUAAAACUUGUGGUGCCAUUGGCUCACAGUAUGAAAAUGUUGAGAACUUAGAGUGCAUUCAAAAUCAAGAAGUUCCACCAAGUGAACCCCCAAAUUUGAAUCCUUCCUCUUCAAAUGAUCAGUUCAGAUAUGGGCCACUCCCAGGGCAGUCAGUUUCAAAGCACAGUAUUGUAAGUUAUGCUGAAGGAGGGCCAAAUCUAGAGGCACCCGAUUCAAUACCUCACCCAGUCCGAUCUGAUAGUGUAUCCUCCAACUAUAGUAGUAUAAGUCAUAGGAGUAUAUCUAGUUCAACAAGACCCCAAGAAUCAGUGGGCACGUUUAUUCAGCAAGAGGUUGGGAAGCCUAAUGAGGAAGCUUCAGGUAGUUUUUUUAAGCAGAUUGAUUCUUCUCCUUUGGUAGGGGAGACAAAUGAUAACAAUAUAAAUAAGAGUUACCAUAGCAAUCUCUCCCAGCCUCCAACUCCAAGUCCUCCCAAACCUACAGGAAUAUUUCAGACAAGUGCAAAUAGUUCUUUUGAACCUGUAAGGUCCCAUGGAGUUGGAGUAAAACCUAUUGAGGCAGACAGAGCAAAUGUGGUGGGUGAACUAAGAGAGAACCAUUCCAAGCAGAACAAUAGUAAACCAACUGUUACAGUACCAGCUGCCUCACCAGGUAAUCUGGAACAACCUCCAGACAACAUGGAAACAAUUUUUACCCCUCGUGCACAUCCUUUGCCUCUUACAACAACUGAUGAAGGUGUUAAUAUGCUUUCCCAUGUUGGUGGAACGCUUUUGGAAAAUGUGCCCUUGGCAUCUGAAAAACGCCCCUCAAGGGCUCAAGGUGCCACUAAAAAGUGUGAGAGCCCUGCAACUACUUUGUGGGCCCAGAAUGAACUACCAAACUUUGGAGGAAAUGUUCUCCUUGCACCAGCUGCCCCUGCACUUUAUGUACCUGCUAAAUCUUCUGAAAUUAUUCAACCUCCAGAUGAGGGACAGCCAUGUAAACCAGGCUCUAUUCCUCUACAUUCCUCCCCGGAUGGCAAUGUUUCCUCUGAAAACCUUGAGAACCCUCCCAAAAUGGGAGAAGAGGAGGCCCUUCAGUCUCAGGCAAGUUCUGGUUAUGCAAGUUUAUUAUCCUCACCACCCACUGAAUCUUUACAGAAUCAACCAAUCUUGAUUGCCCAGCCUAAUCAAAGCUAUAAUUUGACCCAACCCAUUAAUUUUUCUGUGUCUUUGUCUAAUCAAUUAAGUCAUAAUGAAAAUAAUCAUUCUUGCAAAGAUUCUGGAGUGGGGGACAAGUCUGCCCCAAGCAGUCAGCCUCUAUGUGCUGGUGUACCUAGGGAAAGUGUUCCCUUGUCCGGGACUCAAGCUGCAUCUCCUGUUAAUUCACCAUUACCUACUACCAAUCAUUCCCAUAGUAAUUUUUCACAAGGUCCUGGUACCACUUCUGAAAUGGUUCCUAAUCAGUCUCCCAACUUAUUAGUUCAACCACCAUCUCACCAGAUGCCACUUAACUUGGUUCCAGAAUGUCAAAAAAAUCAGAAUUCAGAAAGUUUUCCUUCUGAAUACACUACUAAACCAGUGGUUAAUUUGUCUGCUUCUCCUGGGACUAAUCUUCCUUCUGGAAACACUGGUGUAAUGUUAGUUCCACCAGUGAACAACACCCUAAUACCCCAUGUUAAUAAAACAAAUCUCACCAAUUAUCAGGAAGAAACUUCUGGAGCACUUGACUUUACACUGAACCGGACUUUGGAAAAUCACAGUACAGACAAUUCUGUGCGAAUACAUAAUACAUCACAUUCUAGUGGUCCAACAUUUUCUCAACAAGCCAUCACUAAUCAUACCAGUCAGUCUGGGCCUGAAUUGCAUGAUAAAGAACAUUUUUACCAACAGGUAACAAAAGAUGUACAGCAGCAGAUUGUCCUUGAUAAAUCCCAGCCAGGGGCCCUACCUCCUCAGCAACAAGGGUCAUCAGCUGCUCAGGUUCCCAAGACAGCAUCAGAUUCUUCAAACUCUGGAAUUCAGCCUGAUUCCUUCCCAUCUGGAAAUUCACCCCAACUGCCAAGCCAGGGUAAGGUAGACCAGCCGCAGCUCUCACAAUCAUCUAGUGUUUCAACAACCUCAGUUCACUCUGGCCAACCAGCUAGUCAGCAAGAGCAGCAGUGGCCACCAUCACAGACUCCUCAGAAUGCUUUUGGUCCACCUUCGAACCUCUCAACUUAUUACUAUUAUAGGCAUCUUUAUGAUACCUAUCAACCUCAGUAUCCACCACCCUAUCCUUCAGAUCCUAGAACAGCUUCCCUUUAUUACCCGGAGGAUGCCUAUGGCCCAUAUGACCCUCGUUAUAGACAUUAUGAUAAUAGUGCUGCUUAUGCUGAAAACUAUCGAUAUGCUGAGCCAGACCGUCCAAGUUCUAGAGCUAGUCACUGCUCAGAUCGACCAUCUUCCAGACAGGGGUAUCCUGAAGGAUAUUAUACUUCCAAAGGUGGAUGGAGCAGUCACAGUGAUUACUAUGCAAAUUAUUACUCUGGCCAGUAUGAUUAUGGAGAUGCAAAUCGCUGGGAACGAUAUCAAUAUGAUCCCAGGUUUAGAGACCCCAGGAGCUAUGACCGAAGGUAUUGGUAUGAUACUGAACAUGAUCAUUAUAGGAAAGAAGCAUAUCCUUAUAGUGACAGACCUGAAAAAUAUGAUGAUCAUUGGAGGUAUGACCCUCGUUUUACUGGAAGUUUUGAUGAUGAACCAGAACCUCAUAGAGAUGCUUAUGAUGAUGAUAGGCGUAGUAUCCACAGUGAGCAUUCUGCCCAUAGCCUUCAUAGUACCCAUAGUCUACAGAGCCGUCAGAGUAGCUUCAGCUCACGUUCUCAUCAAAGCCAAGUCUAUAGAAACAAUGAUGUGACUGCUAAUUCAUAUGAACGCCCAGCUCCACCAGGCUCCCUUCAUGGAGAGUAUUCCUAUGGUGUUUAUGGAAAUAAUUUCAAUGGUGCACAAGGUUUUACAGAUUAUGGCUACUCUGCAGAAACAGGAUGGCCAACUUCAGAACAAGUUCCUUCAAGACCAACUACACCUGAAAAAUUUUCAGUGCCUCAUGUCUGUGCAAGGUUUGGCCCUGGAGGCCAUCUUAUUAAAGUGCUUCCAAACUUGCCUUCUGAAGGACAGCCAGCUUUGGUUGAGAUACACAGCAUGGAGACUAUGUUGCAGCAUACUUCUGAUCAAGAAGAGAUGAGAUCCUUUCCUGGACCUCUUGCUAAAGAUGAUACCCAUAAAGUGGAUGUUAUUAAUUUUGCACAGAAUAAAGCUACAGAAUGUUUGCGGAAUGAAAAUCUAAUUGAUAAAGAGUCUGCAAGUCUCCUUUGGGAUUUCAUUGUACUGUUAUGCAGACAGAAUGGAACUGUUGUGGGAACAGAUAUUGCAGAGCUCUUGUUACGCGAUCACAAAACAGUGUGGCUUCCUGGAAAGUCACCUAAUGAGGCAAACUUGAUUGAUUUUACUAAUGAGGCUGUGGAACAAGUGGAAGAAGAGGAGUCUGGUGAGGCUCAGCUCUCAUUUCUAACUGACAGUUUGAUGACGACUAUAGACAGUCUUGAAAAAGAGACUGAGAGGUUUAGAGAGCUGCUUCUUUAUGGGCGAAAAAAGGAUGCUUUGGAAUCUGCUAUGAAACAUGGUUUAUGGGGACAUGCUCUGUUACUUGCUAGUAAAAUGGACAGCCGAACACAUGCAAGAGUUAUGACCAGGUUUGCCAACAGCCUUCCAAUUAAUGAUCCUUUACAAACUGUUUACCAGCUUAUGUCUGGAAGAAUGCCAGCUGCAUCCACAUGUUGUGGAGAUGAGAAAUGGGGAGAUUGGAGGCCACAUCUUGCUAUGGUUUUGUCCAACUUGAAUAAUAAUAUGGAUGUUGAGUCAAGGACAAUUGCCACCAUGGGUGAUACUCUUGCUUCUAAAGGUCUCUUAGAUGCUGCACACUUUUGUUACCUGAUGGCCCAGAUUGGAUUUGGGGUCUACACUAAGAAAACUACAAAACUUGUUCUAAUUGGAUCAAAUCACAGUUUGCCAUUUUUAAAAUUUGCAACCAAUGAAGCUAUUCACAGAACAGAAGCUUAUGAAUAUGCACAGUCACUGGGAACUCAGCCAUGCUUCUUGCCUAAUUUCCAGGUAUUCAAGUUCAUCUAUGCUUGUCGACUGGCUGAAAUGGGACUCGCUGCACAAGCCUUUCAUUACUGUGAAGUCAUUUCCAAAACCAUUCUCAAACAACCACGCCAGUAUUCACCAGUGCUGAUUAACCAGCUCAUUCAGAUAGCCUCCCAGUUACGACUCUUCGAUCCUCAGAUAAAAGAGAAACCAGAACAAGAAUCAUUUAUUGAACCUACUUGGUUAAUACAGCUUCAGCAAUUGAAAAGGCAAAUAGAGGAGGGUGAUGUAAUUUGGAAUCAGGACAGAGCAACUCCACAUCAGUACCCAAGUACACCUAGCUCUGAACUGGAGCAAUAUGAUGGCACAGGACAUGGUCAAGAAAUUGGCCCAGGAACUGACAAUCCAUUAUUAGCAUCAUUGUUGCCUAAUACAGAGCAGUCUAACCAAAGCAUUCGCCUUAUGCCCUCUGCUCCUCAGACCAUCCUUGAAAAUUCAGGCAGUAUGCCUGCUUCCUUCCAAUCAGAAAAACCUGACAAUGUACCAUUCUAUCCAGUGCCUCCUGGAUCUGUUGGGCAUGUCCCUGUAUACGGGCCACCACUGUCUGUACCUGGGUUUUCAGAUCAGUAUGGUCCUGAGCAUGGAGCUGUGUAUCCAGGAUCUAAUGUAUCGCCAGGUGGGCAACCUCUCCAGGUGACAGAUCAACUACCUGAAGACUCUAGGAUCCAGGACACAGGAAGAGUGCCACAAGAAUCAUCCAUUAAGAACUCUCUUUCAGAACAAAGAGAAGAGGAUUUUGGUGGGAAAUUUGCCAAUUUGGCAUCAGGACGAAGAUCCAGAACUACCUCCCAGUCUUCAGCACACAUGGAGUAUUCCAGAAAAUGUCCAAAUACUGAAUCCUAUAAAGGACGAGAGCGUUCUAAUUCUGCUGGGCAGCAGCCUUCUCCUUCUCCAACUUUUGCUUCUGAAGUAAAGAGACCAACCAAAGAAGUCAAAAAAGAGUCCAAGGAACCUAAAAAGAGUGGCGAGUCUUGGUUUUCUCGCUGGAUACAUGGGAAAAAAAAGACAGAAGCUCAUCUGCCAGAUGACACAAACAAAUCAAUUGUAUGGGAUGGAAAGAAACAGCGCUGGGUGAAUUUAGAUGAGCCAGAAGAAGAGAACAAGCCACCACCUCCACCUCCAACAUCAUUUCCUAAGCUUCCUCAGGUUGCUGCUCCUUCUGGUCCUGGUGGCCCCCCUAAUGCCUCUGUUAAUAUGUUUUCCAGAAAAGCAGCAGGAACAAGAGCUCGUUAUGUUGAUGUUUUAAAUCCAAGUGGAACAAAACAAAGUGGACCUGUUCCUGCACCCUCUGAUUUAUUUGCCCCACUAGCACCACUUCCUAUUCCUUCAAACUUGUUUGUACCCAAUUCAGAGGAGCAGCCUUUGGAAAACAGUGGUCUAGAGGAGCAGUUACCAGAUGCAUACCAACCUGAUUUAGAGCCUACUACUGAACCACAGUUGUUAAAUUCUGCCACAUUGCCACCUGGUUCUGAACUUGCAGCUUCAAAUAUGGAUGGUCACCAAUCAGGAGAGCCUCCCAGUCUGCCACCAUCAGGAGGACCUCCAGUGGGAACUGUACCAUUUUAUAACCCAUCUCAAUUUGCACAACCACCUGCUGUCACUGGAAGUUCCAGGCUGGGAAGAAUUGGUCAGAGAAAAUACCCAACACUGAAGUAGACUAUUUUAUACUUUGGAUUAGCUAUUGGGACACUUGAAAUCCUUCUGAUAUACUGAUAUUUCAGAUUUAUUGCACAUGGUAUAGCUACUCUGUUCUGAAAUUGGCAUAGCAGUAAUUUAAUGCUGAUUUUUCUUCUGGUUUCCUUUCUUUGCAGUCCAUGUGUGAAUUAUUAUCACCAAUAAUUCCACAUUUUGUUUAGGAACCUUGUUGGAACGGCUGAAUCUAUGAAGCAUUAGAGGGAAAUAGCUGAUAUCUAUUACUUAUACCAACUUCAGAUCUGCAACCAAAAGCAGUUCCCUCAUUUUGGAACCUAGUAGAAUGAUUUAAGAAUGCAAAAUUAGUUUUUGCCCUAGUUACAGAAGUGCAUUUCUUUUCCUGUAGCAAGUACAUUUCCACUUUCACCUAACUCUCUGUGGCCUUACUAGGACCAUGACUAAUUUUAAUGCACACAAAGUUACAGUGAUGUUUGUCUCUAUAUGAAGGGUGUUUAGUUAUCAAGAGAACAUCAGCAAAAGAACAUGUAUCUUAGGCUAUGAAUGGGACAUACAGAUCUUCGGGGCCACAGCUGAUCCAAAUUAACCAUUGUUAAAUGAAAACUGUGACUGUAAUAAAUUUGGUUUGGAUUUUAUCUAGUAUGUAUGUAGUUUGUGUUUAGGCUAAUUGUAAAAGAAAUUGUAUAGUACGAAAAGCUCUUUGUAUAAUAGUCAAUGCUAUACUCUACUGAGGAGUGAUUUUUUUUUUUACAGUGCAAUAUAGUUAAGUUGCCUUUUUUUCUCUCAUACUAUUGGCACAGUUUAAUUACAAUGAUCACAUCUUGAAAAUGGUUAAACACAAUAGAAUACUGUCUGAAAUCCUGGAAUCUGUUAUUUCUGCCCCCAAACAGCUUCCAUUUUUAAGGUCUUAAGUAGCUAAUAUGUUGAAUAUCAGUCAUGCUAAACUGCAAAUGUAAACCUCUACCUAAUGAAUUUGGAAAUCUUUUAGGCUUAAUUUAGAAUAUUUUAAAAACUAUUCAUACUUGUUAAGUCUGAAGAAGCCCAAUGAGAGAGAAGAUUUAAUAUUUAUAAAAUCAAUAGGUCAUACUUUCUUUAGGUUUUGCUGGGGGAAGAUGAAUAAUUCGUUAACUUUGGAAUUUAAACCUCUAAGAGUAGAAAUGAUGUAAAUGUGGAAUUAGCAUUGGUCCUUUUUUAUCUAGCUAAUACUCAGAUUAAAUAGGGGAGAGAAAUUUAAAUUCCAAAAUGUUUUGCAGGGUUGUACAAUUGAAUUUAGAAUUCACUAAUUUCAACUUAUAAAAAAAGGCAAGUCCUGGUGGAAUUACAGUCUUUUGUUUAUUAGUCCAUAAUAUUAACUCUUGGACUUUCUCAUCAGCAGUCAAUGUGAUUUUCUUUGGUCUUCAAAACUUUGUUUGGAUCCUUGGCUUCCUACAGUUCAGCCCUGCUGCUGAUUGUUCUUUCCGCAUAGACUGCCAAACACCUUUUAAUUCAAGAAGGCUUCCUCUGAUCUGGGAGCUGCUAUUUUUCCUAAAAGUGUUAGAUUUGACACUGUAAAUUCUUAAAUAAAAUAUUUUGCGCUCUGGAGCACUUUCAUAUUUUA